AAACGUCGUCGUUUCGUUUGGUACCACUUUUCCCUCUAAAAAGUCAAUUACAACGCUUUUCUGCGUCAAUCACGCUCCCAGUCAAUCACCAACACAACGACCUCAGUCUCCUUAUGACGUGUCACUUCCUCAUUGGCUCUCACUCGCACCAACCAACCACCUUAAAGCGCCCCACCAUAAACCAUGGUUCUCAGCCCCACCCUAUCAUUCAACGGAAAAAGGAAAAGGUCCCCCGCAAAAGCGUCCUCUGCAACCCUUUCCCUUUUCCUUUUCCCGUUUGGCUCACCGAGUUGCGACUCGGCCACGCGACAUAAUCAUCACGCCCCUCCUUCCAAUUCCAUCAUCCUCGGAUUGCAUAAAUUCCGCAAUGGGUUUUUCGCGGAAGUCCAAGCUUCCACAAAGAAACAACCUUUUCACGUCUGGGUUUUUUCCAUGCUUCUUCUCUGAAACCCGCGUUUGCAUUCCUACGCUUUUUUUGUUUUCGUCGAAAUGGCAGAAACUCGAGAUGCCGCCGCCGCCGAUGGGGUACCCGGAACGCCCGCCAUAAGGGAAGUCAGACCCGAGGCAGGGAACCAUGGCGGAAUCGGGUCAGGCGGAAUUCGGAGAGUGAAUUUCCGAGCGGAGAUUGACACGUCACCGCCGUUUGGAUCGGUUAAAGAAGCCGUGACCCGUUUUGGAGGUAGCGGGCCUUGGAUGCCGUUCUUUCAGAACAGCAUUGAAGAUUUUGACAUAAAGAAAGUGGAGGAACAGGCAGCGGAGUUGGAAAAGGAUUUGAUUGUCAAAGAACUUGAAACUCUUGAUGUGCUUGAAGAACUGGGAGCUACUAAGAGGAUUGUGGAGGACUUGAAGCAGCAACUGCAGAAAGAGGCUAUGAAAUGUUUUGCAUCACGAGAUGUAAGUUCAUAUGAACAAGUUGGAACUCCUGUUAUCAAGGAGAUGGAUAAGGAAAAUUGUGGAAACAAUGUCAAUGAUCAAGAACAGAUGAUGCAAAUUCCAAGCCCGUGCUCUAUCAUGUCAUCAUCACCUGAUAUGAUCUUAAUGGAGUUGAAGCAAGCCAAGUUGAAUUUAUGCAAAACUAUAAAUGAACUUGGGGUGAUACAGUCCUCUGUUGAGUCUUUGAACAAGAAGAUGAAGAAAGAGAAAAUGUUUUUGGAAAGGACACGAGAAAAGCUGGCAUCGAAGUUUGCAGCAAUAUCUGCUCUAGAGAGGGUCCAAGAGCAGACAAAAUUAAAUCCUCCAGCAUCUCAUGUAGAAUGUGCGUCAGGUAACCCUGCUAAUACUGUAAGAAAUUUCAAUUCUGAUUCCGGGCAGUGCAAUAGAAAGGUUGAGACUAGAAGAUCUGAACCUUCAAAGCCCUUAAGUGUGUAUGAAGAAUAUGGAUUCAGUGUUAAGACUGCUGAGAUGAGGUGGCUCGCUGCUAAAAAGAUGGAAGAAGCUGCAAGGGCAGCAGAAUCCGUUGCUCUUGCUGAAAUCAAGGCUCUAUCUAAUGCUGAAAGAUCUUCAGGAUUUGUUCUGCCAGAGCCUGAGAAAGUUAGUUUUUCUUUUGGAGAUCGCUCUCCCCUAAACUCCAAGGCUCAUAUACCAGAGGAGUCAACUUUGAAGAAGGUAAUAGAUGCAAAGUUUCAAAUUGAUGAAACAAAAAUUUCUAAACUGACUAUUUUGAAGAAGUUGGAGGAAGCAACAGAGGAAGUUCUACACAGCAAACAAGUCUUGACAGAUGCUUUAAACAGAGUUGAAAGUGCAAACCAAAAGCAAUAUGCUGCUGAGGAGGCUCUAAGGAGAUGGAUUCCAGAGGAUGAUCUCAGGAGGUAUAACACUAUUUAUUGUAACAAGCUUAAUCAAGGUGGAAUCUGUCAAGAUUCUCUAAAUGAUGUAACCAGGUCAACAACAGCAAACAAUGGUCCAAAGCCAACAUUAAGACCCACAAUUUCUAUGAGAGAUGUACUUAGCAGAAAGCAGAUCCCUGAAGGAUAUGCUACAACAAGAAAGGAGAUGGAAGAGCACACUGAAAGACAAAAGGUGGCGUUGAGUCAAAUGCUUCAAGCAUUGAGGGAAGAUCUAACUCUUCCAACAAAGACUGAGAAAGAUGGGAGCAAUCAGAAGCAGUUCAUGCCACCGAGGAAGAAAUUUGGAUUCAUUCAAAUAUCACUCCCCCCAUUGACAAAACCAAGCAAGAAAAGGGCAUAAAUUUCAAUCUUUAAUCCCCAUGCAUGAUUGAAUAGCCACUGCUGGUGUAUCUUUAUGUUCCCAUGUCAUUCUUUUUUGGUUCAUGUGCUUACUUUCAUGAUAUUUAUGUAGAGGUUUUUCUGGGUG